UUUUUCCACCCUAUAAAUUAAUGCUAGCUAGUUGGAAGUGUCAUGCCGGCCUCGAUCGUAAUAUCCCUAAACCAGAUAAUAAAGCAAUUUCUUCCUAUUUGCUCCAUCAAGAAACAUGGCCAGUUCUAGUACUGCGAUCGCGAAUCUUUGGGAGUACUCCUUCCUGUUUUUCAUCUGGAUUGUUUCAGUUCUCGUGGUGCGUUUCUUGAUCAAAACAUGCACCAGCUCCCGCGCCACAGUUCGUUGCCCACCAAGCCCACUAGCUCUACCGAUUAUUGGCCACCUUCAUCUACUAAGCUCUAAAUUACCGCAGUCAUUCCAAAACUUAGCUCGACGCUAUGGCCCCCUCAUGCAGCUACGUAUUGGUGCAACAACUUUUGUUAUUGCUUCCAGUGCCACUGUUGCAAAAGAAAUCUUGAGAACCCAUGAUGGUGAUUUUGCGUCCAGGUUUGAAUUUGGUCCUGCCGAGUAUAACAUAUAUAGUGGUAUUGGUUUUAUUACUGGCCCUUAUGGCACCUAUUGGCGUUUCAUGAAAAAGCUAUGCAUCACCAAGCUAUUCGCAGGCCCACAGCUCGCUCGUUUCAGCCGUAUUCGAGAGCUAGAGAUUCAAAACCUGUUAAAAUCGGUGCUGAAGAGCUCUAAGGAAGGAGAGGCGUGCGAUUUAGCCGUGGAAUUAACGACCUUGACAAAUAAUUUACUGUGCAGUAUGGCUUUAAGCAAGACAUGUUCGGACAACGUCAUGGGAGCAAAGGAAAUCAGGAGGUUGGUCGUGGAAAUUAUGGAGCUUGGAACGAAAUUAGGUGCUUACGAGGCUAUAGGUCCUCUAAAGAAAUUCGACAUCUUUGGAUAUGGGAAAAAUCUUGUGGAGGCAAUGUGGCGGUAUGAUCAUUUAUUCGAUCAGAUCAUAGAGUUCUACGAAGAUGACAUGGUUGAUGCCCAAGAUGGAAAUGAAGAGGCAGAUUUGAUGAGUAUUGUGUUGGAGACUUAUAAAGACACAAAUGCCGAAGUGAAGCUAACAAAAAACCAGAUCAAGUUCUUCUUCCUAGAACUGUUUUUCUCAACUAUUGAUACUUCAUCAGCAGCCAUACAAUGGGCCAUGGCGGAGCUCAUCAACCAUCCCCAACAAUUCAAAAAGCUUAGAGAGGAGAUUGAUAGGGUUGUGGGUUCCAACAGGCUAGUCAGCGAAUCGGACGUCCCAAACCUCCCUUACUUGCAAGCCGUCGUAAAGGAAGGCCUAAGGCUGCGUUCUCCAACACCAAUCAUCCACAGAGAAUGCACCAAGGACUGCAAGAUUACUGGGUUCGAUGUAAAGGCAAAUUCCAAAAUUCUGAUCAAUGCCUAUGCCAUCAUGCGGGACCCAGAGCAUUGGAAUGACCCGCUGGAGUUUGUGCCGGAGAGAUUUUUGGUCGACCGCGAUGACGAGAUUGGCCAACGUCAGAUCGAAAUGAAGAGUCAGGAUUUUCAUUACCUGCCGUUUGGGGGUGGAAGGAGGGGAUGCAUAGGUGGGACACAUGCAUUACUAGUGUCCUACGUGGCAGUCGGAGCCUUGACCCAGUGCUUUGAUUGGAAAGUGAAAGGCGGGGAUAAGGUUGAUAUAGAAGUUGGGUCUGGGUUUUCCGGAGCCAUGGCACUUCCCCUUGAGUGUUAUCCAAUUACUCGAUUUGAUCCAUUUUAAGAAGGCCAGAAACCGUGUGAAAUUCAACAUAAUUAUUAAUUAUAUGGAUCUUGGUACGUAGCUAGCUAGCUUGGUUUGUGCAAUUGUGGCGAGAAGUAUGUGUGCGCAAGAAAUUCAUGAUCGAUCCCCAAUUAGUCUUUAAUUUAAUGCGAGUUCUACGUACGUACUGUGUAUAAUUAAACAAUCUAGGUGUAUAAUUAAUUGCGUUAUUUUUAA